CCCGCCCCUUCGGUCUAGGUGAAUAAAUUAUGCUAAUGAGACUCCCGAGGUUCUGGCAGGCGCUUGAAGGCGGCGUUCAGCCCAGAGAACCAAGCGGGAGGCUUCGGAGACGUUUUUGCUGCUGCUGCUGCUGCUGCUUUCCUGACAGCCGCUACUAGAGGCGCCUACGCAGGCAGGCAGGCAGGCAGGCAAGGGGGCUGCAAACGGGCUCCGGGCGAACGCUUCUGCUCUCGACUUGGAUUUAAAGGGGGUGGAUGCUGAAGUAACUCCGAAGUUGUCCGGCUUGGCAGGCAGGCAGGCAGGCAGGCAAGCGCCAAAGGAAACCCGAGGAGCAACAAGUCCGUCGGCGCCGUCGGGGAAAGAGCCUGGAAAAAAAAGCAGCACCUGACGGAGGUUUGCCAGGCGCCUCUGGCCGGCAGAUGCCAUAAAAGGCAAGCGGCUGGAGGAGGGUGAAAGGCUGCCCUGCUUCUCGACGGGGUGUGUGUGUGUGUGUGUGUGUCCCCGCGACCCUCUUUGGAGGGCAGUUUGAGAGCCACCUCGGAAAUCCAAGGGAGCCCGUCCUGCCCGCCGCUUUUGGGGGGCAUCGAAAGUGCCUUUUCUCGGCUUUUGGAGGGAGCCGUUUGAAUUUUUUUGUCCCGCUCUUGGGGUUCCUGUUCUUUUUUUUGUGUGUGUGUGUGGCGGGGAUCUUCGGCCAAAGCAGCCGCCCACUGAGAAGGAGGAGGAGGAAGAGGAGGAAAGGGGGUAUUUCUGUGCUGCCUCUUCCCAGCCAAGCAUGGUGGGGAAAAGAAACCCCGAUGCCAAGGGGGAAGCCCUUGGCUGCUUUGGCGGACAGGGCUUCUGCUCCGUCAGGUCUGCUCCGCCCUUCAACUCGCUGCUGGCUGCCUGCCUUCUCUCGGUGGGCUCCAUCGCUUCCUGUGUCUAUCUGGGGAUGAAGACCAACGACCUUCAGGCCAGGGUCUUUGCCAUUGAGGCAGCGCAAGGGGACGUGGGCGCUGCUGCUGCUGCUGUUGCUGGCUCCUACCGGUCGCUGCCCAGCUAUUCUUUGGAUCAGCUGAAUUCCCUGAUGCAGGAAAAAGUGGAGCAACUUCUGGCUCAGAAGACGUAUGAACAUAUGGCAAAAAUCAGAACAGUAAGAGAAGCUUCUUCAGAAUGCAACUGCCCACCAGGUCCUCCUGGUAAACGAGGUAAACGAGGAAGAAGAGGAGAGACCGGACCUCCUGGUCAACCUGGUCCUCAAGGUCCACCUGGUCCAAAAGGUGAGAAGGGAGAUCAAGGUGAUCAGGGCCCUCGGAUGGUGUUUCCUAAAAUCAAUCAUGGGUUUCUUUCAGCUGAUCAGCAGCUCAUUAAACGCCGCCUCAUUAAGGGUGAUCAAGGGCAAGCUGGACCUCCUGGACCCCCUGGGCCCCCAGGACCAAGAGGCCCUCCUGGAGAUACUGGCAAAGAUGGCCCACGAGGAGUGCCUGGGGUGCCGGGAGAACCUGGAAAACCAGGUGAACAAGGUUUGUUGGGACCUCAGGGGCCUCCAGGACAAAAGGGCUCAUUUGGUGCACCUGGUAUCCCAGGAACAGAUGGACAACAGGGAGAACCUGGUGUAAUGGGAGAAAGAGGAGUCUCUGGGCUUAAGGGUGAUCCUGGACAACGGGGAGAAAAGGGUGAUGCUGGAGAAAGUGGUCCCAAAGGUCACCCUGGAGAAAAGGGUGAUCCUGGAUCUUCUGCUGCUGGAAUUAAGGGAGAACCUGGACAAUCGGGUAGACCAGGGCAAAAGGGUGAACCUGGACUUCCUGGACUUCCUGGGUUACCUGGAAUUAAGGGUGAACCGGGUUUCCUAGGUCCACAGGGAGAACCUGGAUUGCCAGGAUUGCCAGGGACAAAGGGUGAAAGAGGAGAAAUAGGACCUCCUGGGAAAGGUGAACGAGGUGAGCCUGGAGUUCCAGGGCCAAAGGGAAGGUCAGGUGAAUCUGGAACUAGAGGCCCUAAAGGGUCAAAGGGUGAUCCAGGAAAUAACGGUGAUUUGGGAGCAAUGGGACCAAGGGGUCCACCUGGAGAAAAAGGUGACCAAGGUGCCACAGAAAUCAUUGACUUCAAUGGAAAUAUCCAUGAAGCAUUACAGAGGAUUACCACCUUAACUGUCACGGGUCCUCCAGGCCCACCUGGACCCCAAGGAUUGAAAGGAUCAAAGGGUGAAUCUGGAUCACCAGGAUUACCUGGUGCUGAUGGGGAGCAGGGGUUCAAAGGUUCAAAAGGUGAUCUGGGUGAUGCUGGAAUACCAGGAGAAAAAGGAGGUAUUGGACUUCCAGGUUUGCCAGGAUCCAAUGGAAUGAAAGGAGAAAAAGGAGAUGUUGGAUUACCGGGUCCUCAAGGUCCUUCUAUCGUAGGACCUCCAGGUUCCCCUGGUCCACAUGGUCCACCAGGACCUAUGGGACCUCAUGGACUCCCAGGGCCAAAGGGUAUGGAUGGUCCCGUUGGUCCACAUGGCCCUGCAGGUCCAAAGGGAGACAGAGGUGAAAAAGGAAUUGCAGGAGAUCCUGGGCCCAGAGGACCAUAUGGUUUGCCUGGCAAAGAUGGUGAACCUGGCCUUGAUGGAUUCCCUGGUCCACGUGGAGAAAAGGGUGAUGUAGGAGAAAAGGGAGAAAAGGGAUUCCGUGGAAUUAAGGGGGAAAAAGGGGAGCCAGGCCAGCCUGGUCUGGAUGGGCUGGAUGCCCCUUGCCAAUUGGGGCCAGAUGGGUUACCAAUGCCUGGUUGCUGGCAAAAGUGAUGAAUCUAACUUGCAAGCAUGAAGUUGUGUAUAUAAUACAUCACCUCCAGUAUUUAUAAUUGAAAAUGGAAGCAUUGGUUUUACAAGUUUGAAAUAUGUUUACAUAGCACUGCUUCUAUUUGUUUGUAGUAGUCAUGUGUAUAUAUGGCUGCAAUCUGGCAAAUAUAAACUGUGCAAUAAAUGUACAGAAUCCAAAUAUUCUGUCUACAGAGCUAAUCCCAAUAGAGUGAUCAUUCAUAGAUAUUUGAAUUGUUUCUGUAGUUUUCCUUUUUUACAUUUUGGGAUUUUUUUUUUACUUUUAUUUUUUGGUUGCAGUCUUGUUUUAUUUGGCUUGUGGACAAGCUUGGAGAAGUGCCAUGAAUUAGGUUACAUUAAUUUGUGACCACAAAUGAACUUGAUAAUAGACUGCCAUUGGAAUAUAAUAAUUCUGUUGCCAUGUUCACCCUCAUAAACUCUUAUUGGUGCUCCAUUGCCCCAAACUUGCUUGUGCAAAAGCAUGAUUUGUGUGCUAAAACAGCUUGUUGUGCUACAAUGGUUGCUUGCUGUCAUAUGCUACAAUGGCUGCUUGCUGUCAAUUUCACUUGACACAUUGAAUUGUUCUUUCUGUCAUCUCAAGGGAGUCACACCAUGGCUUAUUGCAAAAAAAUGAUACGAAGAGAUUAAGACAAAGCUCUUGAAUUUGGAGGGAACUUCGGUUCCUUCUGACGGUGGAUGGCCUUCAGUCUUCUGGGUUAUGAAACCAUCUUUGUGAAAAAGAAGGAUGAUAUCUGUUCAUCAGCCUCUGUUUGCUUGCAUUGCUCACAGUCAAGAAGCAUGGAUUUCCACACAUGUUGGAUAGUUUUACCAAGAAUGAAAGAAGAUGAAGAUCAUGCUUUAUGAGUAAGAUGAUUGAGUUGCAGAGACAUCAAAUGGAACAUUCAAUGAUAGGUCUUAGUAUCAACUGGUGGACAAUGUAAUCUUCAAAGACUGCUACAAUAUGUGUUUCACAUGUUGUAUUUUCAAGGUGAUAGAGGAAGUGCUUUGACAAAAGUCACCAUAAAAUGCCUUCCUCUCAUAUAAUGAAAUGCGGUUGACUUUUCAUGGUUUACCAUUUGGAUUUUAGAAAUUCCUGUGCAAUGGCAUAUGCAUGUACAGGCUUGGAGAAUAUAUUUAAUUAUAAUUGAUCAAUGAUUAAAGCAAAUAGCCUCCUUUGCUUUCAUGCUUAUAAACAUUCAAGUUUUGAAGAACAAACAUAUUUGUGUUUAAUUUUUUUCAGCAUUUUUUUUUAGGCAUAUACUGUAUAAGGACUUCUUCAAAAGUAACGUUUUUUUAACUCGUUCACCUAUUCAUUUUUAAAAAAUUAUUCUACAUCACUGUUGGGGUUCCAGGACCCAAAUAAUAUGGAAUUGGUAGGAGCUACAGUAUAGGCUACUUUGUAUCUCAAAUAUAUUGCUAUUUUCAUUAUUUUUAAAAAAAUAUUUCAUGUCUCUGUUUUGAACCGUUCUAUUUAAUAUGUUUAUAUUUAAGCUUAUAUUCAAAUGUAUGCUUGUAGGCAUUCUAAGAAGCUAAUUAAUGUUGCUAAUUAUUUUGCUGGGGGAGGGGAAAAUACUGUUAUUGUUCACAUGGUCAUUACAUUUAAUGAAUGUUCUGUAACUUUUUAAAGGUCUGACCAAAUAAGAAAUUCCAUACACUUUCAAAAAAAGUCAGAGGGAUAUUUUAAAAUUAGAUUAUCAAAUAAAUAUUCAUUGCUGAAAAAGUCAUUUUUAUCAGCUUAAAAAUGGAAUUAUAUUUAUCACCGUACCAAAUAUUAGUUAAAUCUCAGUACUAUUUUAUACCCUUAGUAUAUCCCUUACUUUCUUUUUUAAUUUAUUUUUUUGUUUACAGACCAUAGUGUUUCAGUAAUAACCUCUCAACAGCAGUGGGAAAAAAUUUAGUGCUCAGGAAAUUCAGAGAAAUGAAUGCCUGCUUUUAAUAAAUAUUUUCUUGAUGUUUUAUUAUAUUUUUAUCAAAAUUUGUCCUGUCUGCAUGAAAAGGUAGAAUUAAAUUUUUUGAAAUGCAAAAAUAGGAGAAAUUAGUUUGUGUAUGCAUGUAUGAUUGUGUACACACACAUAAAUACAUGUAUUUCAGUAUAUAUUAACAGAUAUUUUCUCCAUGUAAUGAAGAUAUUUGUUUGUAAGAUAGAAAUCCUUUUCUCUUUUUGAGGAGAAUAUCUCCUCCUCAAACAUUUUCCCAAAUCUACUCUGAAGAGUCCUCCAGGGAAAAACAUUAUGUCUGUACAGCCAAUGGUAGUGAGAGAAACAAUUGUCUCCAUUUUUUCUGGCUGAUGGAUAAUGUUGAAUUCCAUCCAUAGGCUUCCUGUAUAUUAAUCUUUGUCAGGUGUGUAAAAUCAGGACCAUACAUGAAGUUCCAAUUAAACUGAUUUAUCACUACUCAUUCCUAUUGCACAGGAAUCUGCUCAACUAAUGAUUAGCAUUAUUUUGUCAUUAGAUAAGAGUCAACUGAAUUCAAGAGGGAUUAGACUUAGUCUAUUUAUGGAUAUAUAGAAACUAUAAGCUGAUUCCUCUUUUGACUCUGCCACUCCUUUUCCUACAAUCUUUUAUGCAUUUCUCUGUAAUGUAAACUAUUUAUUACUCUAUCUUCUCAAACCCUAAUCAUUUAAUUUUAAAUCUGAUCAGAUAUUACUUAUAUAUAAGCAUAAUGCCCAAACACUGGGCUGCACAUUCCUAACAGAUUGUUUAUGAGGGUCAUUACAGUCUGAAUGGCCCCAGUAAGAAUAAAUUUAGGUGUUCAGAUGUGCCAUUUAAAAAGUAUUUUUUAAGGUUUUUUUCCUCCACUUCAUAGGAGUUUACAUAUAAAAUAAAAUACCUGGGACUAUGAGUGUUCCUUAUAUUCUCAUUAAACAUUACCUUUCUUUUUAUGUUUUUAAAGCUAGUAAUAAUAGCUCUAUGAAUACAAGAUGAGGGAGCAGAAUAGUUAGGCUGCAUGGAAAUAUCAAACAUGUGGCUUUACCCUAUGGCUAAGCAUACUGAUCAAAAAUAGAAAAUGGUUGUGGAGACCCCUUCACAAAUCAGGCCUAUGACCCUGGUUUGUUUGUUAGUUUAUUUUUCAGUUGAUAUUUAAAUGAGUUAAUGAUAGGAUAUCAAUCACUAAGUUUAAAGUGAAAUUGUACACUUGCAAAUGUUUAUUAAUUUGUGUGCAGGUUGAUGGAAAGGAAUCUAGUCUCUACAGAAAUUAACAAUAUAUGAACUGAGAAUAUGAGCAUGUAGCCAUAAAUUAACAGAAGCAGCAAUUUGUCUUACGACAACUGUAAUUUUCUAGCUAUAGCAAUCAUUGGAAAUGUUUGCUGAUUUUUUAAAAAAACACUUGCUGUUCCAGGCUAUUCAUAGAUUAAUUCUUAUUUAUAUUGUUAAAAUCAGGUCCAUUAUAUUGAUAUCAUUGUGAUAAAUCUACAUCUACUAGAUCUACUAGAUCUACAAUCUAGUUAGAUUAGCAUAGCAUACUUUAUUGCGGUCAUAGACCAAAAAACGAAAACAUCCAAGGCACGUAGCUGGCACACGACCAGACUGAAGUGCAAAACGACAAGAUCAGUGGUCUAGUUAGAUUUUGAAGAGAAGUAAAAGGAGAUAACACAAUGGUGUCUGGUUCUUAAAAAUUCCUGUUAAAAACAAAAAUGUGCUUAGUCUGGCUAUGUAGUUGUUUUCUGAAGACUUGUAGUGCCUUUAUGUUGAUAUUUAAGAAUUAGUUUGGUGCUAAAAUGUUUUCUAUUCUUCUUGCAAAGCUCCUCCAAAUUAGUAAUUUACGCAAGUAUAUUACAGUUUAAAUUGCAUUUUUUUCUUUUUGUUUUUAAACUUGCAAAUUUUUAUCUUACAAUGAUAUAGAUUUUUUGUUGCCUAUUUUUGUUUUUAUAUCCUGACUGGAAACAAUAUAUAUUCGUUUACUUCCCGUUUCUAACUUUCCUAAUUACUUCAUCUUUGGAAGUUUUCCCUCCCAGCAACAUUUUUUGGGUACUGUUUUUCAUAGGUACAAAGAAAUAACAUAUUUUUGAUGAAUCUUUCCUGAAAUCCCUUAAGGUGUUUCAUUUUCAAGUCCACAAAGUGAAGUAUUAUGUGUAGAAGACAUAAUAGUAGGGAUAAAGUGUCAACCAUAGCUCAUAAUAUCCAAAGCUAAAUAUUUCCUUUCCUGAUUUUAUCUCAUGGUUAAUUUAGAAAAAUAGACUAAUAUAUUGCCCUCCACUAUAUAAAUAAAAAGUAUAACAAUAUCAAUAUCAAUCUUAUCAAGUAUACCAAAAACUCUCCCAGCAACUUGUUUAAUGUAUGCAGUUAAAUAGAAGGAUAAGAAGAGAACUAUAUGUAAUGUAGUGGACUUGCAGAGAUAUUCUCUUGUGAUGAGGUUAAUCACCUCAAGGAAACUUGGCCUAUGCUCUGAAGUGAUAGUAUGUACUCUAUUCUUUACUAUUUAUAAACUAUUUAAAAGAGAAGCACUGAAAAAGGUAACUUCCUGUUUAUCUUUAUAUCUGUCAUUAAAAACUUGAAUAAUGUCCUCUCCAGACAGUAUUAUGUAGAGUGCUGAAAAUCUGUGUGAAUGCUUCACUUUUGCUGAAAUAAAAAGUGCCAAAAUAUUAAGACACUUUAAGAAAUAGGCCAGAGACAAUCUAGGAAUCACGUUGGACAUCCCUGAUGGCCAGUUGGAAUGCCUGGAUGGAAGCCUUGUUUUUAUAGGGUAUUGUUAGCCAUAAGAAUAUGUUAUUAGAGUUGUUUGUAUAACAGAACUGUUUUGUAUCAUAAUUUUAAAUGGAAAUGGAAUUACGGACAUCUUCAGAUAGAUAAGGUUAAGAUUAUACAUUUUUUGCAAGCUUCCUAAUUAUCAUUACUAUUUUAUUAUGUGAUUUUUAGCUGUACAUCUGUAUCUUUUGUCUAUUAAUGAUUUACAAUUUUCAUACAAUAAGCUAUACUGUACCUUAGAAAAAAAUAUAUUACGAGAAGUUAGCAGGCUCUUUAUUCUGGAAUUUCAGCUAUUAAUAUUGCUAUUAAGUGCUGAAGGGUUUUUUUUUCUUACCCCUUUUUUCCCCCUAUAUGGUAAGAAUCAUAUAGCAAAAUCCACCAAAACCUUUUGGAUCAUGGUGGUUUAAAACAACAACUAAUAAAUAACUGGUUCAUUCAUAUUGAUUUGAAUUGUAAAUUUGAAAUGGUUUUUUUCAGCCUGUCCGAGGGCUGGCUAGAUAUAGAGAGAUGUUUUCCCAAUACAGCUGUCCAAACAUAAGACAGCUAAUAGUUUUCAAAACUAUUAAACAAUGGACAGGGCCGAACAUUUAUUUUUUAAAAAAAUUACUAUUGAAAGGCAUCUUUCUUUUUCUUUAGCGAACAGGGGCCUUAUUCAGUCUUACUAUAUAUGUUUAAUGGAGUUAAAUGAAACUUCAGCAGUUUCCACAGUUGUAUUUGGUACUGGUGAUAUUUUAAAAACAUUUCAUAUGGGGGUAAAUGUAUGGUUUUUUUUUUAACAUAUUCUUAACGUUGUCCGAGCUUGUCCUGGGCCACUAUCUUGAACAAGUGAAAUGGAACAAAUGAGAAUCUUCUCUAAUGUUCAUACAUGUCAAUAGAUUGGGCUUGUUCAUUGUGGAUAUUAUGACAUUGUACAUGUUGGGAAACUAUAAUAAUUUACAACCUAUUUUUAAAGGUGUAUGUAUCUGGUUUGGGCUUGGGUUGUUUUUGUUUAUUUGUUUGCUUGUUUUGGAAAAUAUUAUAUUUUAUUUGCUUUUUUACUUUUUUAUAAUGAAUCUGUAUGUGCAGGUAUUUCCAUAUUUCAUAAUGAUAUCUGUUAAAAGCAGAAAUCUGCCAUUUGGGGAAAAUUAUUCCUGCUUGGAAUAAAUCAUUAAUACUGUAAGCCAUUUCAUAUCACAUUCUAAGUAUAAUAUCAUGGUAAAAACAAUGUUUGUUUUUAAGCCACCAUUUUUAUUUGAUAUUAAUUUUUGUAUUGUUGUAGCCUCUGGUUAAGAAUUAAAACAAGACUGAGCUUUGUCAAAUAGGAUGAAUCAUUUUCUUUAAAAAAAAAAAAUUCUGGUUCUUCUUAUGCUUAUAAAUGUUUUAAUUGCUCCUGUUUUAGUUUUGUAUUUGGUUUUUGUCCCAACUUUGUGAGAAGUUGAACUUCAGAAUUAUUUUUACACUAUUUAUGACUUAUUUUCAUAAUGUAAAAAGUGUGUAUUAUUAAACUCUUAAUCUUAUCGCUGA